AUGGCGAGCCCCUUCAUCGCGAAAGACUCUUCUGCCGUAGAAUCCGAGGUUCAGGAGGCUUGUCUUAAACCUAGAAAGCUACUUCAUCGAUCUAUCCCUACAUUCGCAAAAGAUUCUCUUGGACCAGACCUCGAGGACAAGAUCGUAUAUGUUCGUGGAUCACUGAAUAGUCUCCAUAAACUAUAG